AUGUCAACAGCCCCCUACUCAUACCUCAGGCGCUCACCGGACGACAUAGCGCCGCAGGCCACGUCGGCGUCGCCCUCGCCGUGGCGAUACCGGAGCAUCCUCGAGCUACUACGUGUGCGCAGACCUCCUUGGUAUGAGGAGACUCGGGCCAAGAGCAAUUUCAGAGGAUACACCAAACUGUGCCUCGUUGGUGUCACGUCCACGAUCUUUCUGGUGCUACUAGUCGUGUACUACGCUGGCCACGCUGGUUCGGCCCGACUUGGGUCGCUAUCAUCCUCGCAAAACAUGGUCGAGGACACGAAUGGCGAGAUUUGGCCCUCUAAAGCUGCACGGGAUCGAUUGUUGCCGCCACGGGUCGUCGUCGGCCAACCAUGGAGUCGGAUGGAGAAGAUCGCGACGGCGGCGGGGGAGGAGGGCGGCAGUGAAAAAGACGUGAUCGUGACGCGGUACCUGGGCGAGAAGGAGGAUUCGCCCCUCGUCGACAGCCAGAUCCACCACGGUCUAAGUAUCCAUGGACACCGUAUCGACGCCAUGUACGAGUACGAGACGAGCGACCUCGGGGUUUACCUCACCACGCUCGAGACCUUCAUCCGCGACCACCUGCCGACGCGCGACUCGGACGAAGAUGACCCCUCGUCGUUGAUCAACGCGAUGCGCGCUUACUUCCCACUCAAGGAGCAGCGGAGCCAGAAACAGCCGAUCCCACUCAAGCUUUUUCGCACGGGCAAGACUUUUCAAUUCUUAAUGGAGGGGAAGAGACUGGAAUAUUUAUCCUCUUUCAACCGACUGAACCCGGGUACGUAAACGGGAUAAUUUUUCCGGAGGCGAUUUCAAGUGCUUGUCACUGAUCGAGGCAUUUCGUAUCACGAUUUAGGGCUCAACACGACAUCCCACUGGGAUGCUGCUGCCGAUACUUGGGUACGGAAUCGUUUUGAAUGCGACAGAAAUCAAAAGAUACAAGGCAAGCAGGGAAUCGUCGAGGCCUGGGACAUUCUCCGCCUCCAAAAACCCGUGUUGAAGGCCGACUUCUGGAGGUGCGGCAAAAACGAGGCAGAUCGAGGUGGGGCGGGGUUUGGGCGGUCGGGUAACUGAUCAGGGACGGUUAUCCAAUAGGUACCUCAUCGUAGCAAGUGAAGGAGGCUGGUACGCCGACGAGGAUUUGGAGGCACUCCGUCCCUUCGCCGAGUGGGGACUUCCGCAAGGUGUCGACGAGCAAAAGUGAGCUGAGACUCGCGCAGAUUUUCGCCGAGCCAUAAACGGAAAACGCUGAGACAACGUCAUCAUUUCAGGCCACAGGGUUUUACGGAGGCUUCAUUGGUUGUCGGGAUCGAAGCGGACCUUAGCCACUACGCGCUCUGGGCAAAAGUCCGUCGCUUCUGUUCUAUAUCCUUCCAUCAGCUGUUCGCCUGACGCGAUCCUCUUUUGAACCUUCUGCACGAACAGCGCUUCGUCCGACCGAUCCAGAUCGUACAAUGGGGGUUCGGAGCCGCACGUGGACAUCCGGUCACGAUAGAUGCCAUGAGAAGGGUCUACAAUAAGAUCAUGGAACUCAAGCCCGGACAGACGGUCGAUGUCCUCCUAAUCACCGGACCGGGACCCUGGACGAGUGCGGUCUUUGGGUGGCUGCUCGCUCGGAAUGGCCGCACCUGGGUCGACUUUCACGGUGUUCCCUAUUCGGGGUGGCGCGAUCAAGAUCCUGACACAGGGGAGCUGGGAGAUACUCGCAUCAUGCCCUUGACGGCGAUGACGCCUGACAAACCGUGAGUGAUCGACCGCCGGCAGGGCGGUGGCGGUUGGCCGGCGUGAUCUCCUACCGCGCCCCUACUCACAGCUCGAAGAUUUUCCCCAUAGUUCCGAGUUUUACCCCGGAUCACGCGGACGGGAUCAUUACGCCGCCAUGUCUGUGCACCAUUUCGAUGGAAGCUGGAGAGACAAACGUCCAAGCGGCAAGGCCGCAGAGAGUCAAGGUGCCACAGGUCCAGGCCAGCCCCCCUCCAAGUCCACUCGUGCAUAG